AUGGACGUUUCGCACGCCUUAGAAACGGCGGACCAAGCGCUGCGGACGCGCGUCCAGGCCGUGUCCAUGCGGCGACGCCCUUCGGACGAUGACAAGGCGUCCGUGACGUCUGCGCCAGGCUCCGAGUGGAUCCGCCGUCGGCCAAGGAAGAUGACGGUCGAGUCGAACGGUCGUCCAACGAAACAGACGCGACGAUGUGAGCCGUUGGACGACGACCGCUGUAGUUUACCAACGCUGGAGGGCUGUGUGUCCCCCGAUCGAGUGACAUCGCUAUCCAUUGUGUCAAGUAAUAGCAGCACAAGCCGACCUCAGGAGUGGAAACCGCACAAGAAUCAGAAGACCAAGAAGCACAAGCAGACGAGUCACGAGCGAGCUGGAGGUUGUCACGCUACUGCCAGUGGCAACAGCAGUUAUACGAGUCGAAGCAACGACAUUUACUUUGCACCACACUCCCCCGAUCCGUCGACGGCGUACUCGGUUCAAUCACGGACGGGAAGCUGCAUCUCUCAUGUCUCAGAAAGAAGAGGAGCAGCGGUCUUGACGGACGUGCAGGGCCCGAGCUUUGCGUUGCCAUUGUAUCAGAAAGAGUCAAUGAAGAAGACGUCGACGAGCACGAGGUCGUACGCUCGAGGGUUGGACUUGGAACGAGGACGCGAGUUUAAUGAAAAUGAAGACGACGAAGAUAAUGAGGAUGAUGAUGAACGGGAGCACGACGACGCGACGGGAGAUGAUGUGCACUUGUUUUUGCAUGGAUCGCCUCAUGUGUCGAUUGAAGAAGCGCAAAAGUACACAUUUGCAAUUGUGCUGAAGCACACGGAACAGAUUUUUCAAUUACUGAAGCGGCGGUUUCCAUCGCGCUCAGCUGCUUCAAUACGACGGGAUUUGCCACAUCACGUGAGCAUGCUGCAGCAGAAGUGUGUGCGACGACUGAUUCAAGCUGGACUGGGCGUGAUUUUGCUGGAUGAUGGAUUGUACGAUAGCUAUUUGGAUGCCCAGCGGGGAGAUCGCGGUCGACAGGAUCCCAAGGGCCUAGAGGAGAAAGAUGUGGCUAGGAACUUGUGCAUUUUGGUAGAUCCCAAGAAAAAUCCGGACUUGUUGCUGCAUGAGUUUAAGCGUGAGCUGGACGAGCUGUCGAUCAAGCGUGGUGAUGCACUUGGGCGGCUGGCAGAAGAGUCUCUCGACUCGCUGAAAGGAAUGUGUUUUUCGCCAGCUUUGGAGCUGCAGCUCACGCACAAUAUCAUAAAGAACGCUUUCAAGGAUUACGACAAGGAAGAAUGGGUUAUUGACGUGAACAAGGAGCUUACUGUGACUGAUGUCAUUGUCGAAUGCUUUCCUCUGCACGAUCGUGCAUUCAACAGAAAGUUUUUCGACGAGUAUCGUAAGCGAACAUUCGAGUUGAAUUUGCGCAAAGCGGCGGCAGGCAACAGUGAUCGCUGGGCAGUGGAAGAACUCCGUCUUCAUUUUGGCGAACGCGUGGCGUUCCUGUUUGCGUUCAUGCACAUUUACACUAAACACUUGCUGCCGCUUACGAUGUCAUGCCUCUUCUACUAUUUGUGUUUCCGCUUCACAUCCGCGCCUUUGUGGAAGGAGUACAUGGAAGGGUUGGCGGUUAUCGGUGUGUUUGUGGUCUGUUUUUGGGGGCCGUCUUUCCUCGUUUGCUGGGCUCGCGAGACGCGUUUGCUUGUGGAGAAAUGGAACUUGACUAAGUACAAGAAUACUGUGUACGAACGUAAUGACGACAAUCCUGGUUUCAAGUACAUGUGGGUGAAGAAUCGGCUCACGCAUGAAAUGGAGAAGGUUCCCAAGCAGCGCAAGAACCAUUGGAUCCAGCUUACCAUGUUAGUGUUCGUUUUGAUAUGCGCACUUAUUCAGUGCGUGUGUCUUGUUCCGUUUAUCCAGUGGUAUGUGUACGCGAAGAAUGCCCCCACAUGCGAUGCUUGCAAUGGUGACAGUGAGGAGUCUUACCCCUGUAUCUGGUUUAUGACGUGCUUUAACUCGACCACUUCCGCAUUGGGUACGGACCGGUGGGUAUAUAUUCUCAUUCAAGGCGUCAUCCUCGGUUUGCUCAUCGACAUCAUUUUCUUCGAGCUUUUCAACUGGAUGUCGGAAAAGUUUGUACAGUGGGAAAAUUACGCGAAAAAGUCUGAUCACGAAAACCGUCUCAUUCACCGUCGGUUUGUGUUUGUGUGGAGCAAUUGGUUUUUCUGGUUCCUUUUCAUUUCAUUUGUCUACAUGCCGUUUGGCGAUACCAUUUUGGAGCUGUUUCACAAGUUUGGCCUUGGCGCGUUGGCACCGUACGAGUGGAACCCAAAUUUGUUGACGGUCGACACGUUAUUUGUCACCCCGCUUGUGGUCACACAAUUGCUGAACAUGCUUCUCGAGACGAUAGCUCCCUAUUUGCUUCGCAAGCUUCGUGGUCGCCCAUCUAUCGGUUGUCGUCAAGCUUCACCGUUUGCGUGGUGUGUGCGCCACCUGUCGAGGUGUUUCCGCUUUCGGUCGCGCCAGGCGCAGUCUAUGCAACCUACGAAUCAGAACACUCCGGAGAUAGCUAGUGGCUUUGUUAAGUCUGAAGUUAUUGAGAAUCGCGUUCCUGCCACGAAUCUGACAGCAACUCGUCUGGCACAAUCGGUUCAAAAGGAUACGGGCUUUUCUGUGAACGUGUUGCCAAUGUCAGAUGACUCGAACAAGUAUUCGGCGUACGAGAUUCUGGCAGAGGCAAAGCUACCGAUAUUUGACCCAGUGUUGGAUUACUUGGAUGCUUGUAUCCAGUUUUCGUAUGUGAUGAUGUUUACAGUAGUGUGGCCGUUGCUGCCGUUACCAGCUUUCGUUAACAAUAUUUUAGAAGUACGCGGUGACGCCUUCCGCCUGCUGUUUGCGAAUCGUCGGCCGAUGCCGCGACGAGACACGUCGAUUGGCGAGUGGGCGACGGUGCUUGCUUAUGCUAACAUCAUUGGUGUGACGGUCGUAUCAGCUUUCGUAGUGGUGUACCAUUACGGAUAUUUCCGAACGAACUGCAACUUCACCUUUACCAACGCGUAUGUUGUGCCUUUCGGGAUUAUCAAGCAUGACGAGACUGCCGAUCCUAGCUUGUGCGUGAAUGACAGUGAAACACCGCGGUGGCGCAUGUUCCAGAUUGUGCUGUUCGUCGUGCUAGAACACGUGAGCUUUUGCGUAAGAUAUUUGGUGAUGCAAGUCGAGAAGACACCUGCCUCCAUUCGUAGCUCAGGUUACCAGCGGCUGAAACAGAUUCAGCAUUUGACGGCCACCCCGGCUGCUCCCCCCUCUCAGCUUGAGUACGUGCAACGUCUGCGUGUGCUGUUUGAAAAGCACGAUGUCGAUGGCGACGGUCAUUUGGGUGAAGUUGAGCUCAUUCAGCUUCUGGCGGCUUGGUUGUGUAAACAUCCGACGGAGCUACUGCCGUUCUCGGGACUUAUCUUCCGUUAUGUGGACAAGAACAAGCUGGGUAAAGUGCCGUUUUCCACAUGCUGCCUCAUGAUGCAGCAUGUGAAUCACGACCGGUUUUUUUCGUGUUUGUUGGGUCUGUACGAUCCGCUUCACGGAGCCUACAACGACGAAAUUCGUCGCACCUGCGAUCCAAUUGAGCUGCAUCGUGUGCUGAGCGAGGCUUCAUCCGAGGUGCAGUUGCGCCGCAGCAACAUGAGCCGUGCUUCUGAGGCUACCGACACUUCGCGAUUACGUGACUCCACCUUCUUUUACGUGGACAAUUAA